CCAGCGGGGCCGGACCCUUGUAGGUGUCAGUGACCGAGGGAGGUGGAACGAGGCCCCGCCAGCCCCGUCACUGACACCGCCCGCGCCGUCCCCUCACCGCCCAGACAGGGACCUGUGUCUGGAAGGGCAGGCCCCUCAACAACCACUGAGGUCCUGGGGCCUACUUUCAGCUCUCAUGACACCAUCCUGCCUGCCCAAAUCAGAGCAGUAGUAGGGGCCACCUGGGCUAACCCUCCCAUGGUGAAGAAGAGAAGCCAGGCCUGGAAAGCAGCAGGGAGCAGCUGAGGGGCCGGGUCACCUCCAGCCAUGGCUCGUGAGGCCGGGCCGAAGGCGGCCGACAGCACCUUCUCAUCCGACAGACAUGCCCAGAUCAUCCUGGCCCAGAUUAACGAGAUGCGGAGCGGGCAGGAUUUCUGCGAUGUGCGGCUGCUGGUGGGAGAGGCCGAGUUCCGCGUGCACCGGCUGGUGCUGGCUGCCAGCAGCCCCUACUUUGCCGCCCUCUUCACUGGGGGAAUGAAGGAAUCCUGCAAGGAUGAGGUGCAGAUCCUGGGCAUCGAAGCGGGAAUUUUCCAGACUCUUCUAGAUUUCAUCUACACAGGUGUGGUAAACAUCGGUGUGAACAAUGUCCAGGAACUGAUUGUGGCCGCCGACAUGCUCCAGCUGACCGAGGUGGUGGACCUGUGCUGUGAGUUUCUGAAAGGACAGGUGGAGCCGUCCAACUGCAUCGGCAUCUUCCAGUUCUCGGAGCAGAUCGCCUGCCAUGACCUCCUGGAGUUCACAGAGAACUACAUCCACGUGCAUUUCUUGGAGGUGAGCGGUGGGGAAGAGUUUUUGGCACUGACCAAGGAUCAACUGAUUAAGAUUCUGCGAAGUGAGGAGCUGAGCAUUGAAGAUGAGUACCAGGUGUUCUUGGCCGCCAUGCAGUGGGUUCUGAAGGACCUGGGCAGGAGGAAGAAGCAUGUGGUCGAAGUCUUGGAGCCCGUCCGAUUCCCCCUGCUGCCUCCUCAGAGGCUAGUCAAGUACAUAGAAGGAGUCCCUGACUUCAGCCUCCGAGUGGCCCUGCAGACACUGUUGAAAGAGUACUGUGAGAUGGGCAAGCCCCCCAAGGAUAACAGGUUCUGCAGUUUUCUGCAGACCUCCAAGGUGCGGCCUCGCAAGAAGGCGAGGAAGUGCCUGUAUGCCGUAGGCGGAUACACCCGGCUGCAGGGGGGCCGAUGGAGUGACAGCAGAGCCCUCAGCUGCGUGGAGCGUUUCGACACCUUCAGCCAGUACUGGACCACAGUGUCUUCGCUGCACCAGGCCCGCAGUGGCCUAGGAGUGGCGGUAGUGGGAGGGAUGAUCUAUGCCAUUGGAGGGGAAAAGGAUUCGAUGAUCUUUGACUGCACGGAGCGCUAUGACCCAGUCACAAAGCAGUGGACGACUGUGGCUUCCAUGAACCAGCCCCGCUGUGGCCUGGGGGUGUGCGUGUGUUACGGGGCUAUCUACGCUCUCGGUGGAUGGGUGGGAGCCGAGAUAGGAAACUCAAUUGAACGAUUUGAUCCUGAGGAAAAUAGCUGGGAAGCUGUUGGCAGCAUGGCUGUGCCGCGUUACUACUUUGGCUGCUGUGAGGUCCAAGGUUUAAUCUAUGUGGUUGGCGGCAUCAGCAAUGAGGGCGUGGAGCUCAGUUCCGUCGAAGCAUACAACCCAGUUUCCAAGUGCUGGUCCAUGCUUCCUCCCAUGGGGACCAGGAGGGCCUAUCUGGGGGUGGCUGCCCUCAAUGACUGCAUCUAUUCGAUCGGAGGGUGGAAUGAGACCCAGGAUACACUGUCCUCUGUAGAAAAAUACUCCUUUGAAGAGGAGAGAUGGGUUGAAGUUGCACCUAUGAAAGUGCCCCGAGCCGGUGUGUGCGUGGUGGCCAUAAAUGGGCUUCUGUACGUUUCUGGAGGCCGGUCUUCCAGCCACGAUUUCUUGGCCCCUGUCACCUUGGACUCGGUCGAAGUGUACAACCCUCACUCUGACACAUGGACUGAAAUUGGUAACAUGAUCACCAGCCGUUGCGAAGGGGGCGUGGCUGUGCUGUGACCAGUGUCAGGAAACCUGGGCUCAUGCGGAAGAGGACGCUGGGGCUUGGGGCAGGACUAGAGGAGAGAGAGGGAGGCCCCAAGGUCAGAAGGAGGAUGCUCCCGAGGGCAGACAGGGCUGAAAAGCCGGCUGGUGCCACGUUCCUAAGACUGGUGUGGGGCAGGCUUGGCAUCUGUUACAGGCAAAGCCCACCUUGACAGGGGACCAUCGGGCUCCCAUUCCCAGACCCGUCCUGAUCAAGGACCCACACUGCCCUUUCUGUGCUCGUGGUCCUGUCGAGGGCUUUUCCUGUGCAGUCUAAGUACUCCACACUGAGUUCUGUUCACCCACAAUGAAAAGGAUACCACUGCCCAUGCCACCUGCCCCACAGGGGAAAAUCCGGUGAAUAACUGCCCAGCCCUUAGUGCCAGAUGGUGUCUUUCAUUGGCACCAAACCCUCAGUCAGCAACUUAUUUACUGGGAGAGGCUGGUGGGAAAUGGACACAACUCCAUCAGGAGCUCAUGGCAAACCUUGGCUUGCUGGCUCCCGAAUGGGCAAGUUGAGAAAUCCCAGCCAGCCUUCUGAAACAGAGGCCACAGGCAGUAGCCCCCCCCUUGCCUGCCCGAGGGGGGGUCACCCACAGAUCAUGCCUGCUUAGCUGUUAGAAAAGGGCGAAGCUUCAGGCCUCCUUCCCCACUCCUCUUCCAGCUGUUCUGUGCCUGCCCGCCUGCCCCAGAGGCUUCCUUAAUAGUACUGCCUCAGUGGGACUGCCCAGUCCCCUUGCUCACUCACCUUUUCACCUCCAGGCCUUUGGCAAAGGGUGGGGUUGUGGGGUGGAAGGCUUAGCCGGGGACUGCUCUGCACCUUGCUUGCCUGGGCCAGCUUCAGCUCCCCAAUUCUCAAGGGCCUGGUACACCCUGGACCCCCAAGUUGCUUAUCGAUAGAGCAGUUGUGCAGAUUUUUCAUUCCCUUACUGUGGCAUUCUAAACACUGGCUGCAUCUUAGACCCAAAAAGCUUGCUUAGUAAACCUUGGCAAAGGCACUUUUGGUGUAGAAACCCCCUGCAAGUCACUUUCCUCCUCCCCUGGAGAAUGUGACCAUCACGGCACCUGCCUUAAUUCAUUGGUUGUGAAGAUCCAAUGAAUUAAUCUCUGUAAAGCUCAUUGCAAAUGCCAGCUCUUCUCUGCUUUUAAUAAACGCUGGAAAGGUUUUGCUUGCAUGUGGUGGUUGUCUCUUUUUGGGCGGCCAGGUGUUAGACAUCAGGACUCCAGCUUGAGUCAAGCCCUACCUCCCUUCGUGCACCAUUCAGCAUGGGAAGAUACUUGUAGAAGGCCUAAAUGAACGUGUGAGAAAGCCACCUUUUUGGAGCUAAAAAGCUCUGCCUUCCUUUGUUGGACACCACAUACAUCAAUGGAACAAAAGCCCAAGUCAUCCAGAGGCCAGCGCAUAAGUCACCUGAAGGGGUCAUUACCUUGAAAAGGCUUGGGUAAUCAAGAGAGAACCCCAGUGCUGGUUUUGGUCUUAUCCUGGCCUAAGUUUACAAAACACGUGAUCCCACUGGGGUCGUCUUGCCUUAGUUCUUCCUUCUCAUACACUUCACCCACACAGGAACAUGCAGGAAAGCCCCUGGAUGGCUUCUCCUAAAGGGAGAAGCCAGAAGGGCUGAGGAAUCCUCAGACAGACAAGCAUGUGAUGGGAGCCAGGGGGGCCACUAGGGUUUGGCUUGACAGCCAUGUCUCAAGGCAAAGGCCUAAGGAAUAAUGGAUCCUUCUAAUUAAAACAAGAUACUAAUGGAAUGAGUGUAAGCUAUUAUGUUUCCUCCUUUAUGUAAAUUCUGUAGCUGAUCCUGGGACACAGUACGACUUUGCUUGGAGCAGCUUGCCAUUAGAUUUCUUUCGCUAUGGCUAAAGGGAAAUCUAUUUUUUAAAAAUGUAUAGCAUCAUUACAAGUCAAAAAUUUUUUGUCCCCAAAUUUUUCAGUGCCAUUUGCUUAAAGAACUACCCAACUCAAGACAGCUGUCUUAUGCCAGGCUUUGCCCAGCUACUUGCUUCAUCAUCCCUUCUGGAAGGCUUAGGAGCUCUGAAGAUUCUCUUGUUCACUGUGGGAAGGGGGUCAGAGGGAAGCCAUUAGAUGAAAAGGGUACCUCAGGAAGGACCCUCGUUUGUCCUUUAUGUGUCUCAAUAAGACUGCUGGUCUGGGGUUUCUGUUAGAAAGCAGACAGACCUCAGAUCUUACAAUCAGCACCUCCACAAGAAUUUCUGGAAUUUGAUGGGAACCAAAUUUUAUAUGUAUUUUUACCAAAACAAUAAAACUAGACGCAUCAUUCCAUA